AAGAAAGAUACAUACAUACAUACAUGCAUACAGCGUAUAUGUGUAGAACUUCAUAGAGGGAAGAAACCUGGGGGGUUGUAGAGAGAGAAAGGGAGCAGGACUGUGGGGGGGUUUGAAGAAGGGAAACAUGCCCUACUCCAUUCCAACAUUUCCAUAACUCCUUACUAAAUCCAAAAGGUCUCUCUCACCUUACCUGCUGUUUUUUUUUCUUUUCUUUGGUUUUACCCUACAUGUAAUUUUUCCCAUUUGAAAGGACAUCUUCAAAGUAGUGGUCGAGAACUUCAAAUUAUAUUUGUGUUAUUAUAUCUGCUGGGUUCUGAUUUCUGGUAAUGAUUGGAGCUUGAUACGGUUAGGUGGUGGUUUUAGUUGUUGCUGGUGUUGAAAUCAGGUGGUUUCUGGUACUGGGUAACGGCUGCAUGUGUUGUUGAUUCCACAGUUUUUGCUGUUUUGAUUAUUCAAAUGUUUGCAUUUUCUGGAGACAUUCUUGGGUGUUUAUGAUUCAAAGGGUUUCCAGCCAUGGGCUUCUUGGGAGAGUCCUGGAAAACAGUUCUUGGCUAAUCCCCACAUGUUUUUAUUUUCUGCCUUCUUUAUACUCCUCUGAUUGAUGAAUAAAUGACUUUAAGGGUAGGUUUUGUGCUCAAUCUGAUUUUGCUUAGUGGAAUAUCCUUUAGUCUUUCUUCCUUCUACUUUCCUUGUCCUUGUCCUUUCCUUUUCUUUUCUUUUGGGGGUGCACUCUGUUCGAUUGUUCUGUUAUGUGAUUGGUUUAAUCUGCUGUUGUUUUCUGGCAAUUUUUCCAUUGGGGCACUGGUUAUUAGGUCCAUCAGGUGGUGGAGAAGAAUCCCUGAUUUGUUUGUGAUAGAGGAAAUAAGGAUAUGGAUACUAGUUAAGAGCGUUAAAUUAAUUUUUGAAUGCAUUUGGUGGUUAUUUCUUAAGUCUUUUGGCAAAUUGUUGUAUCUAUUUGUCAGAUCCGUUCAUCCUUGGUGGGGCCAAGGGAUGAAGCAGGUGAGCUGUGUGGAAAGGAUACUGAUGGAGAAAGCAAUUAGGGCCCGUUUGGUUCGCAUAGCUUGUAUUUCUUACAGCCAAGAAUAAGAAAAUCAUUUGCCUACCAGUUGCUUAUUCUCUUACUCUGUGUCUUGAUCUUCUUUGAAAGCAAUUAAGCAACCCAACUCCACCAUAAGCAACAGGCAAACAAGCAUGUGAACCAAACCUGCCCUUAGUUUCAACUACGUGAAUGCCACAAGUCAAUUUUUAUUAAAGGUUCAAGUGUUUUUGUUACUCUUGCGUUUCUGUAACUUUUUUCUCUUAAUUGAUAGUAAAACAUUAGAUUGCUUGUAUGUUGCCUUUGUUUGCUAAUUUAGCAAUACUUCAAUAACUGGAUUGCCGCCAAACCACACUUGGGAUUUCUGUUUUCUUGUGAGUAGGUUAUAUAAAAACAGUGGAAGUCACCGUGUAGCCAUUUACCACCCAGAAGAAUGCAGGAUUACUAUAAGAAAGAUUGCGAUCUUAGUUCUGCCCAUUCAAUGGCUCCACGUGUUGCUGGUUGUGCAUCUUGGUGGACUUCUGCUGCAUCUCAAGUCGAACAAUCGUCUCUAUCAAAAAAUUUAAGCUUGAACAUUGCGACCCCCAAUCAACAUGGUCACAUGGCAAAGCAAAUGGGAUUUCAAUUUCAUGACCAGGACUCAUCCUCAACUCAAUCAACUGGUCAAUCCUACCAUGGAGUGGCUAGUGUAGAAGACAGCAACCAUUGCGGACAAAGCAUAUUCUCAACGCAAUUAGGACAUAAUGAAACUCAGGGGAAGCUUGAAGUGGGUCAAGUCAAGUCAGAUGUAUCGAUGGGAACUGAGGAAUGUCUUCUGCCUCCUUCACAUGUUGGUUAUAGACAAUCAUUCGCUUGCAUUCCACUUUCAUACACGGAUCCUUACUAUAAUGGAUUACUAGCUGCUUAUGGGCCACAGGCUAUGAUUCAUUCUCCCCAAAUGGUGGGGAUGGCAAAUGCUCGUGUUCCACUUCCCCUUGAUCUGCCCCAGGAUGAGCCCAUUUAUGUUAAUGCAAAGCAGUACCGAGCAAUUCUGAGGCGAAGGCAGUACCGUGCAAAGCUUGAAGCUCAAAACAAACUUUCAAAAGCCCGAAAGCCUUAUCUCCAUGAGUCCCGCCAUCUACAUGCAUUAAAGAGAACUAGAGGAUCUGGUGGACGAUUUCUUAACACAAAGAAACUCCAAGAUUGCAAUUCUAAUGAUGGCAUGACCAAUGGACAUGACAAAUCGGGCUCAAACCGACUCUCUUUGACCUCUAUGUCAGAAUCUGAAGUUCACCCGCCUGACAACUACAAAGAUGGUGCUUCGACAACCUCUUGUUCCGACAUCACGAGUGCCUCCAACAGUAACAGUUUCUCCCAUCAGCACGAGUUCACUUUCUCCCUCUACCCUCCUUGCAUUGGUGGGGCCAUGCAAAGUGGCGGGUUCAAUUCGCGUGGCGUCAACCAGCCUUAUCUCUCUGCCCACCUGUGAGAGAUGGAAGGCAACAUUUGAAUCAGCUGUUCAUGUUCAUCAAAUAGGGAAGUCAUCCUUGGCUAUGUUUGCUCUGUGUUUGCUUGCUUUUGUGGUGUUUUAUUUAGUUCUUGUUCUAUGGGUUAGCUGGAAAACAUGAUAUGUGAAGGUUUUAAGUUUGUUAUUGGUGAUUGGGGACAACGUAGAUACAUUGCUCUCAUGUGUCCUAAUUUCUGGUUCGGCUUUUGAAUGUAAGGUGUGUGUAAGACCUCGCCAUGAUUAUUUGCUUUGAUCACGAAGUUGAAGACUUUGAGAACCGAA